AUGGCUACUUCUAAGUCCUUCAAUAUCGCCAUCAUUGGCGGCGGCAUAUCCGGCCUCACGCUCGCAAUCGGGCUCCUCCAACACAACAUCUCCAUUACCAUCUACGAAGCUGCCCCUCAUUUUGGCGAAAUCGGCGCUGGCGUCGCCUUCGGUCCCAAUGCCGUCCUCGCAAUGAAAAAGAUAUCCCCCACCAUCACUGCCGCCUUCGACAAGUGCAAGACCGUCAAUCAAGGCCCCAGCAAAGCAAACAGCUGGUUCACCAUCCGCGUCGGCGACGCGCGGAAAGCCGACGCGGACGGCUUCGUCAAGCCCGGAGUCAAAGUUGGCGACGCGUGGUACGACGUAGAAUUGGAUACAGACCGGGGCAACGGCGGCGUGUACCGUGCGCAUUUCCUUGACGAGUUGGUCAAGGCUAUACCGGAUGGCGUCGCGCAGUUCGGCAAGAAACUCAAGCACCUGAAAAUUGUAGACGACGGGUCGCGAGACGUGAUAUGCACGUUUGAGGAUGGCACACACGCUCGGCACAAUGCUGUCAUCGGGUGCGAUGGGAUCAAGGCAACGACAAGGCGGUGGUUGCUCGGUGAGGAUGACCCGGCGGCAAAGGCAGUGUUUUCUGGAAAAUACGCAUAUAGGGGGCUCAUCCCGAGCGAGGAGGCGACCGAGAUGUUGGGUGAGGAGGUCGCACAGAAUAGCUCGUUCUUCUUCGGAUACCAUGGACAUCUUCUUACGUUCCCUAUCGAGCAGGGCAAGACGAUGAAUGUUGUUGCGUUUGCCUCGUGCAAAGAGUGGAAGCACGACCAAUGGGUGAUCCGCACGUCCAAAGAAGACAUGAAUGCCGACUUCGCCGAAUGGGGACCGCACGUACAGAAGAUCGUUCACGCGAUGCAGAAACCGGACAUAUGGGCGCUCUUCUACCACCUACCUUGCGAUACAUAUUACAAGGGCCGGGUGUGUCUGCUUGGCGAUGCAGCUCACGCGUCAACGCCGCACCAAGGCGCUGGUGCCGGAGCAUGUAUCGAGGAUUCUCUCUUCAUGUCAGAAUUGCUGAAGGAAGUCGAGAAGAAGGAGGAUAUCGAAAGGGCAUUCAAGGCGUUCGAUGAGGUCCGAAGACCGCGAACGCAAAAGAUCGUAAAGACGAGCGAAGAGGCUGGCAGGCUUUAUGAGUUCGAGCUAUUAGGAGAUGAUCUUGACAAAAUUGAGCAGAACCAGACAAAGAGACAAAGAUGGAUCUGGGAUUAUGACGUAGAUGAGGAACUCGCCAGGGCGAAGAGUAUAUAUCACAGCUCAAGCGCUCAAGCAUAA